AUGUCCUCAGCAUCGUCCUCAAAGCCUACAGAAUCAUCAUCGAAAUCCUCUGAUAUAAAGAAAGAGGACUCCCUUCACCUUGGUGUCCUUGAGGAGGAUGAUGAAUUUGAAGAGUUCGCCGCUGCUGAUUGGGAUGACUCCCAGACGGACCUAGCUCAUCUGGGUGGUGCUGCACCUGGAGCCGCAAAAUCAGGGGGCGACAAGCUAUGGGAGGACAACUGGGAUGAUGAUGACAUCGAGGACGAGUUCAGCGUGCAGUUACGCAACGAACUCGUGAAGACGGGAAAGUCUAGCGAUGCGAUGGAACACUAA